UGAAGUAAAUUUAUAUAUAUCGGGCAACUGGUGCAGUAUAGCAAAGUCAAAUUUAAUCAAAUAUCAGACUUGCAGUGGAAAUCAAGAGAAAGGGAAAUGGGGAAAUCAACGACUAUAAAACAAGCGGCGGUGGUUUUCGGGGCACUAGCGUUUGGGUGGAUGGCGAUAGAGAUGGCUUUGAAGCCCUUUCUGGACAAGGCUCGCGCCGCCAUGGAUAAGUCCGACCCUGAUCGCGAUCCGGACGAUAUCGCCGUGCGCAACGACGACUUUGAUCGCAAUACCAACGACGCCGUGGAAGGCGGCGAUGAUUCUCCUAGUCGGAGGCCUAUCUCUUAUGCUGAUGCCGUGGCGAAGAACUCAGCGGUCGCGUAAAUUAGUAAGGUUUAACUUAGGAACAAGACCCCUUGGUUUGGUGUAUGGUCCGUCUAAGUAAUGACAGUAGCGUGCUUCUUUCUUUAAUGUCUUUUAAAUUUUAGGAUUACUGAAAUUAUCGCUGUCGCUGUUAGUAUUUUGAAUUGGUUGCUGCGGCUGCUGUUGCUACUAGUUUAGCUCAAGAUAUUUCGAUAUUUAUAAAUAAAUUCAUCUCAAAUUCCA